CCCCCAACCGCCCACGGAUCGAACGUCCCACCCAGCAAAGGAUUGGAAAAGAGCCGAAACCACUUGCUCCCCCUCCCCAGAACCCAUCCUUCCUCCACCGCAACCCCCACCACAAUGGCCGAAUCAUCCUCCGCGGACGGCGGCCCCGCCUCGCAAGACGACCUGGACGAUUUCCGCGAGCAGGACCGGUUCCUGCCGACGGCCAACGUCGCCCGGCUCAUGAAGCGCGCGCUGCCGGAGAACAGCAAGAUUGCCAAGGAGGCGAAGGAUUGUAUUAUGGAGUGUGUUUCGGAAUUUAUCAGCUUUGUUACUUCGGAAGCAAGUGACCGAUGUGUAGCAGAGAAACGUAAAACUAUCAACGGCGAGGACAUCCUGUGGGCGUUUCAAUCGCUCGGGUUUGAUAGUUACUGCGAGGUCAUGAAGGUCUAUCUCAACCGGUAUCGCGAGGCAACAAAACUCGAACGCGCCGCCUCAGUCCCCCCACCCCCCGUCCCCACAACCCAACCCAACCUAUCAGUCCCAACCGACGCCUCAUCCCUCCUCCAAGACCCGCCAUCAACCGUCAAUUCACAGAUCCAAAUGCCUCCAUCUCGGAGCAGACGGCGUGGGCUGAGGGGGGUGCGGCGAAGGAGGAGGGCAAUGGGGUGGUGACCCCAUUGUUGGUACCCGGCGUCAGUGAGGGGGAUCAACCGAUUCAACAGCAGGCAGCACCGGAUGGGUAGUUGGGUCUCCCUGGGUUUCCCGCAACACACCAACUAUCCCCUCGCACCCUUCAUGUACAUAAUUUACCCGUUUUCUGAGACGUCUCGCGGAUCCCGCCGCAAACUAGGAGGGAGGGAGAAUAGCAAAUGAAUCAAAAUGAGAAACUU